UCCGUCAUAUGCCGCUACUAUCUCAAUCAAUACUGGCGACUGGCAAUGAAAGAUAAAAAAAUACCGGUUGUUAACCCGAAUGAAUUGUCUACAUCGAAAUUUUUUGUUUUACUCUUGUGUUGUGUAAAAAGUGUAAACUGAUCUGUUUUUUGCAGAGGACCACAAAGGAUAAGCUGAUUAAAUAAAGAUAAUAAGCAUUUAUAUUAAAAUAAAAGUUGACACGAAGUGGGCGAAAAACCAUCGCUGCAAAAUCAACUUAUUCCAAAAUGUAUUUAGAAUCAAAAACGAUUGGAUCAUUAAAUGUUUCGUAUUUAAAAAGUUUUCCGUGCGUUUUAAAACUCGUUCAAUUGAUAUGCAACACUCUAAUCACUAUUAUCGUAGCCGAAAACUGGUAUAGGGACCUACAAACAGCUUACUUAAUUGCUUCGAUUGGAGCUUUGGUUUUAUCUUCUAUUAUUUUUCUUAUAAAAAUCCACAACAUUGAUAAAUACAUAAAAAAUGUUCCAUGGAGCAAACUAGAAGUAAGCUAUUACACUACAUGGUCUGUUUAUUAUUUUAUUGUUAUAGCACAAGCAAUUUCCUAUGAACCCUAUAAAAUUGCCCAGAUGAUUUCUUUGAUUAGUGUUAUUACAUUUAUGAUUGACGCUUCUGUAAGCUACACUGAAAUGAAGAAUGAGAAAUGUUCCUGUGACUCAAAUUUUACUAAAGAGGAAAACGAAAAUUUUAAAAAUACUAAAACGCUUAUAGUGUAAACUGAAAUCACUGAGUAAAUGUAAUGUUACAGUAUUUUAAUCUAAUCUACCUAUAUCAAGUAAAAUUGAUUAUUAACCAAACUAACAAUUUUUUAUGUAACUUAACAUUUAAUGCAAUGUAUUCCUUGAAGUGUUUAAUCGCUGUGUAACUUUAAAUAUAUAAUAAUUAUCAAAAAACCGCAAUCUCUAAUACACAUACCACAAAAAUUAUUCAUUCCUUUGAGUUAAUUAUAUCAAUUUUGUGUAAUUUUGUCAGUGUAGAAAUUUAACUGUUGAAGUAUGGGUGUUUUAUACUUAGGAAGUUAUUCGGGUGUUUUAAGACUUAAUCAGUUGAUGUUCAAUACAAUAACAUCAAUAAUCUUAGUAUUGUUGUCAUAUUCAGCAUCAAAUACUCAAAAAGAUUUAACAUCCUGUGCUUUUAUAGCUUCUUCGGGAGCUGUUAUUUUAACAUUAGUGUUUUUAAUGAUAAAGUCUUUUGAUCUAGACAAAAUAGUUAAAAUACCUUGGCACAGAAUUGAAAUGGGAUUUUGCGUUGUUUGGAUAUUAUUUCUUUUAAAUAUGACUCCACAAUUAAUUUGCAACGACGGUUAUGCUUAUAAAGUAACAGGAAUAAUAUUUUUACUCUCCUCAAUUUUCUAUGUCGCGGAAAUUUUAGAAUGUAUCGAAGAAAACAAACAAGAAGAAUCAUAAAAUGGUACAUAAAUUAAUCUAAAACUAAGUUGUUCCCAUGGAAUUAAAAUAAACUUAAAAUUCAAAUUCUU